AUGGACCUCGAGAAGACGCAGUCGCCUGUUAUCGACAGUGCCAGUGAUGAGUAUGAUUACUCUGAUGAACAUGAACAUGAACAUGACCAUGACCAUGACCAUGAUCAUGAACACGAACAUCCCGACCCGAUCGAGCUCUCUCGCAUCAAAUCAUACCAACUGCAGCAGAAGGCUACGGUAGGGUCGACCCGUGCCCCUGAACCGAGAGAGCAAUGGCUGCCUAUGGGUGCGGGCAAGGAAUACCCCCCGUUGCUGCCCGCUCCGGAGAGAUAUGUGGUGGAAUUCGACGGUGCCGAUGACCCCAUGCACCCGCAUAACUGGUCCAUGUUGCGCAGAUCCAUCCUCGCCGCCAUCCUCUGCUACGCCACCUUCGCUGCAUCCUUUACCAGCGCCGUCUUCUCGGCCGCCAUCAGCUCCGUCAGCAAAGAAUUCCACGUCGGAACCGAAGUCAGCACCCUGGGUGUAACCCUCUAUGUCUUCGGCUUCGCCGCCGGCCCGACCAUCUGGGCCCCAGCCUCGGAACUGAUCGGACGGCGCUGGCCGCUGUCCAUCGGGCUCCUGGGCUGCGGCAUCUUCACCAUCGCCUGCGCGACCGGCAAGGACUUCCAGACGAUCAUGCUGGGCCGGUUCUUCGGCGGGCUGUUCGCGGCCAGCCCCGUCUCGCUGGUCCCUGCCGUCUUUGCCGAUCUGUUCAACACCGCCCAGCGCGGCAUCGUGAUGUGCACCUUCUGCAUGGCGGUGUUCGUCGGGCCCUUCGCCUCCCCCUUUGUCGGCGGCUUCAUCGCCAUGAGCCCCCUCGGCUGGCGCUGGACCAUGUACGUGCCCUCCCUGAUGGUCUUCCUCGGCUUCAUCCUCGUCUUCUGCUUCCUCGACGAGACCUACCCCCCCGUGAUCCUCGUCCGCAAGGCCGCCAUCCUGCGCCGCCAGACCCGCAACUGGGGCAUCCACGCCAAGCAGGACGAAGUCGAAGUCGAUAUCAAGGAACUCGUCCGCAACAACUUCACCCGGCCCCUCACCAUGCUGGCCACCGAGCCCAUCCUCCUUCUCAUCUCCCUGUACAUCUCCUUCAUCUACGGCCUCAUCUACGCCCUGCUGGGCGCCUACCCCGUCGUCUUCGAGGACGUCUACGGCAUGAGCAUGGGCGUCGGCGGUCUCGCCUUCAUCGGUCUCAUCCUGGGUGAACUCCUGGGCGGCGUCUUCGUGCUGUGUCUGCAGGGCUCGUAUAAGCGCAAGCUGGACGCGAAUGGCGGCAAGCCCGUGCCCGAAUGGCGUCUUCCGGCCGCGACAGUCGGGGCCGUGGCCUUUGCUAUCGGCAUGUUCUGGUUCGGCUGGACCGGCUACACGAACAAGAUCCACUGGAUGGCGCCCACCGCGUCCGGCGUGCUCACUGGCCUGGGCAUCUUCUGCAUCUUCCUGCAGUGCUUCAACUAUAUCGUCGAUUGCUAUCCCACUCUUGCCGCAUCCACCAUCGCCGCCAACACGAUCCUGCGCUCCCUGGUGGGCUGCGUCUUCCCGUUGUUCUCGCGGCAGAUGAUGAUCAACAUGGGGGUGCAGUGGGCGGGUACCCUGCUGGGGUGCAUUGCGGCCGUGAUGAUCCCCAUCCCGAUCGGGUUCAUGAUGUAUGGGCCGUGGCUGAGGAAGAAGAGUAAGCUGGCGGCGUCGCCGGUGUAUGAGGUUGGGGAGGAGAGGAAGGGGGAUGUAUGAUGUAUGAUGAUGAUGAUUAUGAUGGAUGGAUGGUUGGUUGAUGGGGUGUGAUGAUGAAU